AGGGUCCCUUACCUCACACUUUUGCACCAACACCGAAGUACAAACAAGACUUGAAGCAGUGCAAUAGAUUCUUAUUACUAUUGUCAGUGUUUGUGUUUGUGUGUGUACUCUCUUAUAUUCUCAAACAUUAAUAGCAUACAGAAACCACAUUCAUAUAAAUCAUCACAUUAUCAUUUUCAACAUUAUUACUGCUCUAUUGAGUUUGUAAAAGAAUAUUAAUAGAUGGCAACCUCAAAGGUCUUAGGGGCUGCUUUCAUUGUUUUGCUCAUUGUGGACCUUGCGUUUGCUGCUAGGGUUACAGAUAGGUUACUUGGUGGGAGGGGUGGCGGUGGUGGUGGCGGCGGUGGUGGCGGAGGAGGUGGCGGUGGUGGUAGUCUUGGACGUGGUUCCGGGUAUGGAUCAGGGUAUGGCUCAGGUGGGGGUGAAGGGUAUGGUGGAGGAUCACUAGGAGGAAGCGGCGGUGGUGGUGGUGGCGGAAGAGGAGGAGGUGGCGGUGGCGGUGGUGGGACCGGCAGUUCUGGGUACGGGUCCGGAUAUGGAUCGGGGUAUGGAUCCGGAUACGGGUCUGGUGGCGGUGCGAACGGUGGAGGUGGAGGCGGUGGUGGUGGCAAAGGUGGAGGAGGUGGAGGAGGUGGAGGUUCUAAUGGUUCAGGUUAUGGCUCUGGCUCUGGAUACGGUGAAGGAGGUGGAAAUGAUGGACGAGGCAGUGGUGGCGGUGGAGGAGGAGGAGGUGGUGGUGGUGGCGGUGGCGGUGGUAGUGGAGGCUCUGGCUAUGGUAGUGGCUCAGGAUAUGGGUCCGGUUGGGGUGGUGGAGAAAAUAACGAGUCCCCUUAAACUAAGAUGAUUUUAUUAAUUUUAGGCAUAUAUAGUGCAAUCUUCUUGUCAUAUUAUAUAUGGUUUCCAAAAAUAAAUUGCAGUGUGGCUUUCGUGGUCGUUCUGCUUCAUGCAUGCAUGGGAGUGUUACACUAUGGAUCAUGGUGUAGUUGGUUGCUAUAUAUAAAUAUUACUGUGUACUACUAUCAUUUGUAGAUGAUGCUAUAAAAAGCAUGACAUUAAUAAAUUAGUAUAUCUCUUCCUCUUCUUAAGAAAAUUAGUAUCUAGUUUCUCUUGAGAUCAACUUGGGAGUGUGCAAUAAAUAUUGGCAAAAUUUCUUUCUAUUUAUAAA